UUUUUUCUCUCUAACAAUUUUAAUUUCGAUUAAUUAAAAUAAAUUUCCUUUUUCUCUCUUUCUGUUCUCCUUCUGUUUGGUAUUGCGAAACUCGAAGAUCGGAUCCAGCGCUUUCUCUCCAAACCCUAAUACCCAAAAACCAAAAAAGAAAAAACAUAUUCUCCCAAUCUCUUCCUUCUUCCAUCCACACCUUCUUCUAAUUUCUUCAUUCAUGGACUUAAAUCGCUCCAACACAAUAUAACGCCGUCCGAUUCAUCAUACCAAAGGUCAGUUUUCCCUCUUUUUUUUUUUUUUUUUCGAUCUUUACGCCAUUUUCAUUCUGCUCGUUGAUGAUUCUUGUCUUCUUGGUUCUGAAUGAAAAAUGUUUACAUAUAUAUGUAUAGAAUUAUUUUGUUUUUGCAGUGGGGGUUUUUUUUUUUUAAAAAAUGUCAUCAUCAAAUUCACCAUGUGCGGCUUGUAAAUUCCUACGAAGAAAAUGCACACAAGAAUGUGUAUUCGCACCGUAUUUCCCACCAGAUCAGCCACAGAAAUUCGCCAAUGUCCACAAAGUCUUCGGCGCAAGCAACGUAGCCAAACUUCUAAACGAACUCAACGCUACACAACGUGAAGACGCUGUUAAUUCCUUAGCCUACGAAGCCGAAUUCCGUUUACGUGAUCCCGUUUAUGGUUGCGUUGGUUUAAUCUCCGUUCUUCAACAUAAACUCAAACAAAUGCAAACUGAUCUCUAUAAUGCUAAAAAGGAAUUAGCUUCUUACAUUGGUCCUCAAGCUAUGCUUCCUAUUCUCCAACCUCAAACCACUCCAUCCCCUUACAAUCAUCAUCUCUCCCCUAUGAUGGGCAUUGCCGGCCCAUCCCCUUCCCCUUCCCCUUCCGUUCCCGGUUCCUCGCAACAAAUGAUGAUUCGGGACUCCGCCGUUACCACACCUGCUCAUCAUCAUCACCACCAUCAUUUACAACAACAACAACAAUUGUUCGAGGCACAACAAUUGGCGGCGGCUGUUGCGGCGAGAGAGGAAAUGUUUAAAGCUUAUGAACAUAAGCAAAGCCAACAACAACAAAGGCAGCAAGAGCUAUUGAGCUUUAACAACAACAACAACAAUCAAAUGGGUGCUUCUAAUUUGACAUUGGGGACAUUUGUGGAUAAUUCCUAUCAACAAAUUCAACAACAUGAUCAUCAAAAUUCUUCAUCACAUCCACUACAAGUACAACUGUUUCUUCAACCACAACAAACACAACAGCUCGAACAACAACAUCAUCAUCAUCACCAUCAAUCUCACAAGCCUGAAUCUACUACACAUGCUGAUGAUGGUAGGAUUAAUAAUAAUAACAAUAUUAACAUUGGUCCAUCUUGUUAGUUUUAUUUUCUUUUAAUCUUAGGGAUUGAUUUUGUUUUUUUUUUUUUUUUUUUUUUUUUUAAUGAUGAUUAU